GUGACGUUCAAGAUGUCUGUCUCUGUCCUUGUUUUUCAGGCUUUGGUGGAUGUUGGGGACAAGCAGACCUCCUUUGUGGGCUCCCGUCAGUGGAUUGGGUCCAUUGAGGUUCAGGCUGUUCUAGACCAUCUGCUUGGAGUCACUUCCAAAAUCCUGUUUGUGAGUCAGGGUUCUGAGUUGGCAUCCAAGGGCAGAGAACUGGCCAACCACUUUCUGUCUGAAGGAACUCCCAUCAUGAUUGGUGGCGGAGUUUUAGCUCACACUAUCUUGGGCGUAGCUUGGAGCGAGACCACCGGUGAAAUCCGCUAUCUCAUCCUAGAUCCGCAUUACACUGGAGCAGAGAACCUUCAGGUUAUCACGGAGAAGGGCUGGUGUGGCUGGAAAGGACCUGACUUUUGGGAUCAAACGGCGUAUUACAACCUCUGUUUACCCCAGAGACCGAGAGCGAUCUGAGCAUAAAGCGACGUUUAUUUGGACUUUACUUGGCAGCGGUUAAUCUGAGAUGCAGCAGUAUAAACUGUUUAUUUUAAAUCAUUUAGGCCAAGCUUGUGAUUGCGUAACCAGAACCAACUGUUAAUAUUUUGACUGCUUCAAAGAAUUGUUUCAUUUAAGGAUACUGAUGUGCUCACUUUAAUUGAAAUAUUCAGUAAAAAUAUAAAAGCUUGAA